UUUUGUAAACUGUCGCAGUGUUGUUCAUUUCGCGAUUUCUCUUUUUUAGAUAUUAAUUUUCCCUUAUAUACUUUAGACGAUUAAUGGGACCCACUGAAUAAAAAAUGGUACCAAGAAUCUGUGGGUGGUUUGCUUUAGCUUCCGUUAUUACAAUUGCAUUACUAGGUUUCGGAUUGUAUUUAACGAUACUUGCGUUUAUUAUUUCUUUUAUUGUGGGGGCGUCUACAAUUUUGUACCUAAACUAUGAUAGUAAAAAGAUAUUCCCUGUGGAUAUAGACUGUUUAGAUGAUCCCCUACAACCAGUUAACUUUUCUGUACAGUCUUCAAAGGUUCUGGAUCUCUUUGAAAGUCAAAAUCCUCUACCAAAAUUUGACAAUAGAAUAACAGGCAGCGAAACAGUGGAUUCAUUUUUGAAUGAAAUCAUUGUGAUUAUUAUUAAUGAUUAUGUAAACUCUUGGUAUGAAAUAAUCACUGAUGAUGUGGAGUUGCCCACUCAUUCGAUUAAACGAUCGGUGCUAACUGCAGGAGCUAAUGUUGCCAAUAGAAUUAAAAGUGUAGACUGGAUUCAUCUCCUCUCCACAAGAUUUCCAGAAGAAUUAACAACACAUUUGAAGCUAUUCAAACAAUCCAGGGUCAGGUUAAAACAUAUACAGUUGUUGAGUGCCAAAGAAAUGUCCAAUGGGAAUUCAAAACAAAGUCCAAAAAAGCAAGAAGAGAAGAAACUUCACAGGAGAAAUAAAAGUGAAACAGACUUAUCCUGGUUACCAGAUUCACAAUCAUUUGGUAAAUCGAAAUUUUACGGCAGCUCAGAAAGUAUUAGUAAUAAAAGUUUAAUAGAUCUAUUUUUCGAUUUAGAAUGUUCUAUGGAAAAUAAACAAAUGUGCAGGGAUAUAUUCUGUACAGAUUCUGAAAAAGAAAACGCGUUAUUGAAUGAAAUUUCCGAAGCCGUUUUGUACCUGAUAGCUCCCGAAGAGACUUGGAAAUGUCAUUCUUUAAAAAUUAUAUUAAUUGAUUUAUUAUCUGCGGUAGUUUUACGACCUCUGAUAGAUUUACUUAGUGACCCUGAUAAUAUAAAUAGGACAAUUAUUAAAACUUGUUGUCGGGAUUCCUGUUUAUCGUCAGAGUUGUUUUUACUAGUGAUAAGAUGUUGUGGAGAUGCCGAGGAAUUGGACGCUACUUUAGAACUUGUACAAAAAGAUAUACAGAAAUUGCAUUCUCGCGACAGCGCAGGCGAGUGGGACUUACAGGAUAGACAAAAAUUAUCAUCACUACAAUACUUAGCGAGGAUCAUACAAGCUAAGAGAGCCACUUUGGGACCACAAGAAGGGGCCAGUGCAAGUAGUGCUGAAGACAAAGUGUCAGAAGAAGUGAUGCGAUCGUUGAAAUUUAUAAGGGCUACAGCGGCUUGGAAAUCUAACGCUCAGUAUUUACUUGAGAUUGAACUCAAUGAAACAGACGCGUCUCAUACAUCCAAAGCGGUGUUAGAUAACUUAAGGUCAUCAGCUCUUGAGUUAUGUGACCUAUAUUUGGGAGCGAACCGACCUCCAGUGCUGGGAGUUCCCGAUAACUGCCACUCAGACCUGGUGAGGAAGAUCACAACUGAAGGAGAAGAAUUCACCAAGAAUCCGGUGAAUUGUUUUGAUGAUGUACAGAAAUCUGUGUGCGAUGCGUUAGAGGAUGAUCCAUCAUGGCAGUCAGAUUUUAUGAUGGACAAUGAAACGGAUGGUUUGGAAAGAAAAAAUAGUGAAAUACAUAAAAGAGAUUACAAGGCGGACACAAAGAAGUAUGCAGCCGAUGUUAUACCACUGUCGAGUUCACGACACAACCGGUCGCGUUCCGACGUGGUGGGCAACUUGGCGCAGAGGAUGAUCAACGAGAGCUCAGGUCCUUCGAGCUUCGAGCUAUCGUCGUCUUACUCUAACACAUUAUCACUCUCUCAUUCGGAGAUCACACAAAGAGCGAAGAAUAUGUACUCUCCGUUAUCAGCGUAUAUUAUAGAAACGGCAUUGGUACAAGACAAGGGGCGUACAUUUGGAAUCUACGCUAUCGCGGUCACUCGGAUUUCCGACAACGAGGUGUGGCACAUAUACAGGAGAUAUAGCGAUUUCUACGAUUUGCACACAUCUAUAAAGGAAAAGUGGCCAGAACUAGGUAACCUUUCGUUUCCCGCGAAGAAAACCUUCCAGAACACCUCCAGGUCUGUGCUGGAGAGCCGCAAGAGGAUGCUGAACAGCUACCUGCAGCGGCUGACCAGCAUCGCCAUGGACGCGCGCUACAUGGCGCUGCUCUCGCAGGACUACCUCGGCGGCUUCCUCAGCCCGGAGAUACAGACGGAGCGCCACGGGAAUACGAUCGAUGCUUUAUUUGUGAACUCAAUUAGAGCUGGAAUGCGGACUCUCAAAAAUAUGCCCGACCAAUUUGUGAACACCGUUGAUGGUGUUAUGGACGGCAUAUCUAAAGUAUUCCAAGGGAAGGGCGGAGAAAACUACGAUCCGGUUAAAAGUGGCAACUCUUCAGACGGUCAAGAAGAGGGUGAGGAAAGUGUUGCAUUACGGCUACUGGAGGAGGUGCUGGGGGUGCGCGGGCUGUGGCUGCGGCGGCGGCUGCUGGCCCCCGUGCGCACUUUGAUAGCUGACAGAGUUAACAAAAAGGUUUUGGAGCUGGUCUCCUCUCUGACGUCACCUCGCAAUGUAGUACAAUAUCUUAAAACAUUCAAGCAAUGGUUGACGAAUCGUAAUAAUUCUAAAUACAACGCAAGAGAUUCCGCGACAAAAGCAAGGACGAGGGUCGCCGCUAAAGUUGCCUUGCUCUCUGCUGCAUCUGACGAUUUGCGUCAUAUCGUGGGCUCUGACGCGGCGCGACGCGGACUUCUGACGGUGUUUGACAUGUUGCAGACUGAAGAAAUUAACAGGCGACUUAUCUUCGUCCUAUUAGAAGCGACUUUAAUUAACUUAUUCCCUGAUAAUAAUUUUCAAGAGUUAUUCAAGAAAUUGUAUUCAAAUUCGGAGCGCGUUGUGCCUACGAAGAAAACGGUCAACUUAUGAAUGUGGUCUUAGAUAGUUGAAUUUGUAAAUAUUUUUUCCAUUCCGUUGAACAAAAAUAUAAAGUAAAAAUAUAAAUAAAUGCCAAAUUAAAAUAA